UCGGUCUCACUACUUUUUCAUGCGUACUGUACACGCACGUGCAACAAUUGCUAAUAUUCCAUAUAUUGCUUGUGAACACAAUUCCACGCUAUUUUUCUUUUUAAUUAAAAUAUUUAAUUUAGCAGCAAACUAGUGUAAACAUUAAAAUGUCGGAGCCGGUUUCAGCAUUUGCGGCUUAUCGCGCUACAACUUCAAAAGGUGCUAACACUUCUAAGAAAGGGCAUAACAAGAAAACCGCUGGUGCUGGCACAGGCAACAAAGCCGGUGCAAACGCAAACAAAAAGAAUGCUGCAAAAAAUAAAUCAUUGCAAAAGGACAAACCAGAGAAAGCAACAAAAAAUCAAAUUGAGCCAAAAUCGAGUAAUGCAGCUAAAGAAAAAGUGGCAGCUGCCAGCAAGGCUAAGGAAAUUGUUAAGAACAAAACUGCGCCCAAAGCUGAGCCUACUAAAAACAAGCCCACCAGCAGCAAAGCAGCCGGCAAAACGGAGCCACCAACGAAGCAAAAACAAAAGCAUGCACACCAUGCAGCUACUAACGGUAAAGCAGCCGCCAAGGGUAUUAAUGAAAAUGAAAUUGACAAUUUGGUUGAACAAUUGAUGGGAGAUUCACCAUCCAAACCAAGGAAACUUACAAAAGCACAACAGAAAAAGAAGCAAGAAUUGGAGGAAUACCUAGUAAAACAGUUGGCGCGAGAUGAUGAAGCGGCUGGUGAGGAAGAUUUUGAUUCAGAGACUGGCGUUGAAGAAGAUUACAGCAGUGGUUCGGAUGAGUUCUCCGACGAGUACACCAUAAAUAGUUAUAGCGAUGAAGAGGAAGAAGAAGAAGAAGAAGAGGAGGAAUGCGAGGAGGAGGAAACCAGUUUCGCUGCUGAUUACUCAAGUGAAAGUGGUGCUGAUGAGCAACAACCUAUUGCCACAUCUACCGCAAACGUUGUGCCACAAAAGCGUAAAGGUAAUGAGGCAGCUGGCAGCCGUGUUGUCAGUGAAGCUACUGAACCGAAGAAGGCGCGUCAAGCAGAAAAGGCUGCAGAUAAGCGUAAAUCCAUGCCAGCAACAGCAACAACUACUGCGGACAACAAAGCUGCUAAGGCCACAGAGAAGCGUCGCCAUUCUAUAGCCGAAAAAGCCAGUGAAGCUGCCGCCGGCGCCAAAAUUACUGUGAAGACAGUAGAUGCGAAGGCAGUCAAAAUGGAACCACUAUCACCACCAAACAAUGUCGUCAAAAUGAAUAGCAUACAAGAGGGUGAAAAGGUUUUCAGCUGGCUGCUGAGUCCACUAAACAUAAAGGAAUUCUUCAGCAAGUAUUGGGAAACCGGCGCCUGUUUAGUCAAACGCAAGGGCUCUAACUAUUACUCAAAACUGAUCUCAUUUGAAGCUAUUGAUCAAAUGCUCAUCAAUAAUCAUGUGGAAUUCACAAAGAAUAUUGAUAUCACUUCCUAUAAGAAUGGUGUGCGUGAAACGCUUAAUCCCGUUGGACGCGCCAUGCCGCCCGUUGUAUGGGAUCACUAUGGUCAGGGUUGCAGUGUACGCCUACUAAAUCCGCACACUUUCCUACCGGAGCUUUUCAAGUUAAACACAACGUUGCAGGAGUACUUCCACUGCUUGGUAGGCGCCAAUGCCUACCUCACGCCACCCAAUAGUCAAGGUUUCGCGCCACAUUACGACGAUAUAGAGGCGUUCGUGUUGCAAAUUGAGGGCCGCAAACGCUGGCGUCUCUACAAGCCACGCACGCAGUCGGAACAAUUGCCACGUUUCUCGUCGAAAAAUUUCACGCAACAAGAGAUCGGACAACCCAUAUUCGAUGAAGUGCUUGAACCCGGCGAUCUGCUGUACUUUCCACGCGGCACCAUACAUCAAGCCAUCACCGAACCCGGCCACCAUUCGUUGCACAUCACUUUGAGCGUUUAUCAAAAGCAAUCGUACGCUGAUCUCUUCGAACGCAUGAUGCCGUUGGUGUUGCAGCGCGCCAUCGAAAGCAAUCUCGAUAUGCGUCGCGGCCUACCGCUGCACACCUUCCAGCAUGCUGGUAUUGCCUACAGCGACAAUGACACGAAAGAGCGCGCCGAUUUGCUACGCAAAGUCACCAAGCUCAUGGGACAAUGCUUGCAUAGCGCACAGCUGGGUGAGGUGAUGGACGCUGCUGUGGAUCAGCUGGCUAAGAAGUAUCACCACGAAGCGCUGCCACCGCAUGUGUUGCCCGCUGAGCGCGCACGCACCAUUUUCGGCUCGCGCAGCGCCACCAAUGCGCAGGGCGAAUGUAUGUGCGACUAUGAGAUCGAUGAGCGCACCAAUGUGCGGCUGCUGCGCGCCAAUAUAAUGCGACUGGUGCAAGAGGAGGAGAAGGUGCGCAUCUACUACUAUUUGGAUAACUCAAAGGAGUAUUGUGAAUAUGAGCCGAAUUUCAUUGAAAUCGAGCCGGAGGAGGCCGCGAGCGUGGAGGUGCUCAUACGUUCGUACCCGCAGUAUGUGGGUGUGUCGCAGCUGCCGCUGGAGGAUGAUGAGCGCAAGGUGCAGAUGGUGACGGCGUUGUGGGAGCGUGGUCUGUUGAUGACCGAGAAGCCAUUCAAAUGAUACAAGAGACAUGCUUACUUAAUUGUAGUGUUUAUAUUAAAGCGCAUAGGAAAUGUGUAUAUAUUGCUAGUUUUUUCGUUUUGUUUUGCUUAUUCUUAACGAUUUUUUGUGAAAAAAUUGUUUUAGAUUAGGCGCUUAUGAAAUAUUUGUUUUAUACUUGAAUUCAUUAACUGUGUGCUAUUGUUGCUUUCAACAAACCGUUAAGUGAUAUGUAGCCAUUGCCAAUUUGAAUAAAAGCGUAGUUGCGCAUGCGCAGCGGUGUGUUUGUGCGCAACGUAAAUGCACUUUUGUUAAAAAAUGUG